AUCAGGAGUUUAAGAAGAAUUUACGCCUGACUAUUAUGAGAUAUGUUAAUUUAUCUACAAUACUAGUUUAUAGACUAGUUUCACAUAAGGUGUUGGAUAGAUUCCCAACAAUGGAUUCUCUUGUAGAAAGUAAACUUCUCCUUCCUCACGAAGCAGAAAGGUUGGAAAAGGUUGAUCAGAGGACUCCUCAUGAAUCUACUUGGACUCCAAUACUUUGGGCGCUUAAACUCCUUCAACGGGCUAAAGAACAAGGCAAGUUUGUAUGUGAGCCUCCUGUUUAUGCAAACUUGGUUUCAAGUUUCGAGUAUAUAGAGACUUGCAAUAGGAGUAUAUUAAACUAUGGCUGGGUAGAAUUCCCUCUUGCCUAUACCCAGGUUGCGACAGGUUCUGUUUAUCUCUACUUUCUAGCAGCACUGUUUGGUAGACAGUAUCUUAUACCUAGUGGAGAACAUCGUGAUAAUUCUACAUUUCCUGCUUUGUCUGUUUCUUAUUCAAAUGAUCAACCCUUCAGUUAUCAUACUCCAGAUUUUAUAGUUCCCUUCUUCACAAUUAUAGAGUUUAUAAGUUACAUGGGGUGGAUUAAGGUUGCAGAGACCUUGCUAAACCCUUUUGGGGACGAUGAUGAAGAUUUUGAAAUCAAUUAUUUAAUUGAUAGAAACCUGCAGGUUUCCUACAUGAUAGUUGAUGAGGCGGAUGGAGAAAUGGAAAUGGCGGAAGAUCCAUUUCUUGAGGCGGGUAUCUCGAUCCCAGAGGAACUGCCGUAUAAGGAUAGUAGGAGGAAUUCAAUUCGAAGUAGUUUAGGGAAAAAAUUCUCAACAACCUUUCUCCCUUCGUCGAAGAUUAGCGCGGGCAAAGACGACAUGGAGGUUCCAAACACUGGGAGUUUGUACAGAAAGCGGAGUCCUAAUAUUGGGCAAAAUAUGGGACCUGACACACCCUACUCUCCCUCUGCUGCUAGGAGCACAAAUAUGGCAGCUUUGAUUGAAGAAACAAACAGUAGCAGAGGAAGUUUUAGUCAGGAUAUAUUCACAAUUAAUCAGGAGAUUCUCACACAAAAUAAAAAUAAAGAGAGAGGAGAUCAGGGGAUGAAAGGAAAGGGGAACGUUUGUAAACAGGAGUCUUGGAACACUGAAGCACAUUCAGACUUUAUGGAUGAUACAGAUGAGGAGAGUCUUGAUUCAGGUUCUACUCAAGGAGAGAUUAUUAUGAAUUUAUCUAAACUAAAACAAGAUCUAGGAAAGCAGCGGAGAAACGGGAUCCCUUGCUCUCCUUUUAAACGAGGAAAUAACUCUACAGAUUUUUAAAGAAUUUACAGAUCAGCUGGUUAAGAAACAGUUCCUUAUUUCCAACCAGAACUUUAAAUAAUUUUUAUAUAUUUUUAUGUAAAAUAUACAGUCUAUAUUUGG